GAUCACGUGACUCCCUGGACUCUGCAGCCGUUGUAAAUGCAGGCCAGUUGCCAGUCACCCCAGUUUUGAUCACGUGACCCUGGGGGUGUUCAGCAGUUGUGAGUGCGAGGACUGAUUGUAAGUCACUUUCUCAGUGCUGUUGUCACUUUGAAUGGUUGCGAAAUGAAUGGGUUGUAAGCCGAGGACUACCCGUAUUCUCCAGAAAGUGUGCGUGUGAAGUUAUAAUGUGCCCCAAAGAUGCAUUAGAAAUCCCUGCAUGCAGAAAGCUAGUGUGCCAGGACAAAAGGCUGCAGCUUCGCUUCCUUGCGGUGCUGCUGUUCUACUUGCCACCCCACAGUCAGUCUGGCUCCUGGUCCCUCAGCUCCUUUUUUGGGUCGUCCUUUUUGGUGGGUUGGGUGAUGGGGGCUAACCCGUUCUGCCUUCCUCCCCUACAGGUGCGUCUCUUUUCUUCUAGCUUGUGCCCAGCCAGCCGAUCAAAAUAGAGUCCCUCAAGGUGAAAGUUGACUUUCUGAAGGUGCCCCUCGGCCUAAAGAAGCCGACUCUGAAGGAGGCCGCGGCUGCCUUGGUGGCUGUCCCGGGGCCGGCCAGAUCCAAAUCCAGCAGCGUGAAUCGCUACAAGGCUCGGCAUUCAGACAACAUGGACAACGAAUCGCAAUAUUCAGGGUAUUCCUACAAGUCGGGGCACUCGCGCAGCUCCAGGAAGCCCAGAGACCGCCGAGAGCGGCACCGCUCCAAGAGUCGAGACGGGAGCCGAGGCGACAAGUCGGUCACCAUCCAGGCCCCUGGAGAGCCCCUGCUGGACAACGAGUCGACGCGAGGCGACGAAAGGGAUGACAACUGGGGCGAGACGACCACUGUGGUGACCGGCACGUCCGAGCACAGCAUUUCGCACGAUGACAUCACACGCAUCACCAAGGACAUGGAGGACAGCGCCCACCUGGACUGCUCCCGCCACCUGGGGGUCUCGCUGGCGGGGGCCCUGGCCCUCCUCUCCUUCCUGACCCCCAUCGCCUUCAUGCUGCUGCCCCAGCUGCUGUGGGGGGAGCAGCUGAGCCCCUGCGGGACCCCCUGUGAGGGCCUCUUCAUCUCGGUGGCCUUCAAGCUGCUGAUCCUGCUGCUGGGCAGCUGGGCGCUCUUCUUCCGCCGCCCCAAGGCCUUCCUCCCGCGGGUCUUCGUCUUCCGCGCCCUGCUGAUGGUGCUGGUCUUCCUCCUGGUGGCCUCCUACUGGCUCUUCUACGGCGUCCGCAUCCUGGACUCCCGCGACACCAACUACCAGGGCAUUGUCCAGUACGCCGUCUCGCUGGUGGACGCCCUGCUCUUCGUCCACUACCUGGCCGUGGUGCUGCUGGAGCUGCGCCAGCUGCAGCCCCACUUCACCCUCAAGGUGGUACGCUCCACCGACGGGGCCAGCCGCUUCUACAACGUGGGACACCUCAGCAUCCAGAGAGCCGCUGUGUGGAUCCUGGAGAAUUAUUACCACGAUUUCCCCGUCUACAACCCGGCCCUGCUCAACCUGCCCAAGUCCGUUCUCUCCAAGAAGAUGUCUGGCUUCAAGGUCUACUCCCUUGGGGAGGAGAACACAACCAACAACUCAACCAGCCAAUCGCGAGCUGUUAUUGCUGCAGCUGCCCGGAGGCGGGACAACAGCCACAACGAGUACUACUACGAGGAAGCCGAACAUGAGCGCCGGGUGCGCAAACGGCGAGCAAGGUUGGUGGUGGCUGUGGAAGAGGCCUUCACGCACAUCAAACGGCUCCAGGAGGAGGACCAGAAGAACCCGCGGGAGAUCAUGGACCCUCGGGAGGCCGCCCAGGCCAUCUUCGCCUCCAUGGCCCGGGCCAUGCAGAAGUACCUGCGCACCACCAAGCAACAGCCGUACCACACGAUGGAGAGCAUCCUUCAGCACCUGGAGUUCUGCAUCACCCACGACAUGACGCCUAAGGCCUUCCUGGAGCGCUACCUGAGCGCAGGCCCCACCAUCCAGUACCACAAGGACCGCUGGCUGGCCAAGCAGUGGACUCUGGUCAGCGAGGAGCCCGUGACCGACGGGCUGAAGGACGGGGUGGUCUUCGUCCUGAAACGCCAGGAUUUCAGCCUCGUGGUCAGCACCAAAAAGAUCCCCUUUUUUAAGCUCUCGGAGCAGUUUGUGGACCCCAAAUCGCACAAGUUUGUCAUGCGGCUGCAGUCGGAGACCUCAGUGUGACCCACGGCGGCGCAGCUGAGGGGCUUGGAGGCCAGGGGAGGAGGUGCCCCGCCAGGACGGGGGGGGGGACAACGGCCUGGUGCCAGCCUGCAUCUCUCCGGUUUGAGAGGGUCCCUGGGCUCGGUGGGAGACCCUCCAGGGCGUCUCUGGAUGCCAGAGCUUCCCCCUCCUUCUCCCCCCUCCCCUUUAUGACCCCAACUGAGGGGAAGGGCAGGGGCCUUCCUUCCUUCCUUCCUUCCUUCCUUCCUUCCUUCCUUCCUUCCUUCCUUCCUUCCUUCCUUCCUUCCUUCCUUCCUUCCUUCCUUCCUUCCUUUGUAGCAAAGCCCGCCCCAGGAACUGAGGAGGCGUGUGGGUGACAAGGACAGCAUCACCCCUCCCUCCCUCCCUGAGGAAUUGCUGGAAGUUACCUGUGCCAAAUUCUAAGGGCUAACUCUGUUGGCGCUCUUCACCAGCACCUGCAAACAUAGUUGGGCUAUGGAACUUUUGUGAAUGUCGUUUUCUACAAAACUACACGCCGGCACGUGCACACCCAGACCCAAGCCCAACGUCAACACAACGUCGUCGCUCAAGGCUGUUGUCGUCUCCCUGGGUCUCUGAGGUCCAACUGCACAAGGUUUGGGGGGAUCCCCCAGGAAGAUCUGGUGGUCCAAGGGGAGAGAGAGAGAGAACCAACCCCUGCCCUGGAGCCAUCGAUUCAGCCUCUCGAGGUCUUGAGCUGGAAGUUCAACAGGUCAAUCACAAAACGUACUUAAAGGCUGGAAGGGGGAAGAGGGUGGGAGAUUGUUUAAGACGAGGAUGGCUUUUUUGUUAAAAGAUCUCUGUGCUUUUUAGAGAAGUCCCGUGUGUUGUAAAUACUUUUCCUCUGAGUCACUCGCUCUGUCAUUGGUCUGUGGUUUGAGCAAGCUUUGGUGUGAGGUGGGGGUGGGGGUGGCACAUGAGGGGUGAGGUGAGCAAGGUCCCCGCUUCCUGCGUUUGAGACAGCAGGACUUUUUUUUUCUUUUUCUUUUUUGCACUUUUGCAUGUGCAGAAACUCGAUCCGGCUGUUCUUUUUGGGAAGAUUCCUGUGGGAAGAUCUGCAUUCUGACUUACCCGUCCCUAAAUUUCAGAGCCCCCCCCCACCCAGCACAAAGCAGCUUGCAGAGGGUUUUCCUGUCCCACCCCCCAAGUUACUGAUCAGCUGAGGACCAAUCACUCACCAGUAGAGUGAUGGCAUCACUCUGAGGCCACUGUUCUCAAUCUUAGCCAUUUUUAAGAUGGGUGGACUUCAACUCCCAGAAUCCCCC